UAUUGUACCCAUUUUAUUUUACAUUCACUAUCUAACAUUCUCAUAAAUUACAAUUAACAAGUUGUAUAAUUAGAUAUACAAAAUAAUAAUUGGUAAUUUUGCUCUGUUAAUACUACAUCAGUUAUUAAAUUUCAUUUGAAAUAAUCCGCUAAAUUUUCGGGCUUGCGCAAAAUUGACAAAGUGCAACAUGUACACUUUUUAUCCCCUCUUUUUGGGAACAAGGUCAUUCAAUGUAAAAUGUAUAUGUAUAGAAGUAUGUGCCUGGGCCAGACACAGUGAGGGAGCCAGUUGUUGUCAUUUAAUGUCAGUGGUGUUUCGAUUUUGGUAUUAUGAAAACGACCUUCUUGUAUUAUGUUUUGUGGUUGAACGUAUAUAACCCAGAAUUAAAAAAAUAUAAUAUCUUAUAACAUUAGUCGUUAAUCAUAAUUUAAAUGCAUAACUUUGUGGUGUUAAUCAACGCAUAAGUUUUAAGACCAUUUUGUUCUGGAAUAAACUAAUCUUUAUUAAAUAUGUCUGAGAUUGGAAUAUGUAAAAUAAAACCAAAGUACAUUUUACCCGAGCAGGAAAGAAAAAUACAACUUGAGUGCGUUUCUGAUAAAGACAAACAUGAACUUACUACAAAUAAUCCCGAAAUAAAUUUAAAUGAAAGUGAUGAUACACCAGCAAGAAAAAAACAAAAAGUUUCAAAAUGGGCCAUGAAAAAAUUAAAAGGACAAAAUAAGUCUAGAGGUCCAACAUGCUAUAUUAAAAGAGAACAAGAACUGUGUAAUUCUUUAGUCCUCGUUGCAGAAGGAGAGGAAAUUCCUAAAUGUAAUAAAAAUAAUUGUCAAUUUCUACAUGAUAUUCAAGAAUAUUUAAAAAACAAACCCAAAGACAUAGGUGACAUUUGUUAUAACUACCAAAUUUCUGGUAAAUGUAGUCGAGGUUUGGCUUGUAGGUUUGGAAAUGAACAUAUUACACCCGAAGGAAAAAAUAAAAUUAACGAAAAAAGAAUACAAGCAUUUGAAAGCGAAGGUCUUCAUGUACAAAAUCAGUUACAAUAUGAUCUACAGACAUCCUUAAGGAAAAGACAUUAUAACUUUGAUUUAUCGGAAGCACUUGUUAGAUAUAAUGAUAAAUUAAGGAAAGAAAAGAAUGACACAAAUGAAACAAGGGAAACUACAAACACAAAUAAAAAUGAUGCAAGAACUGGACCAGUUAGUGACGAAGAUAUCAUAAAACUGCAAAAACGAGAAAAGAAGUCAAUUGAUUGGAGAAAUAAAUUAUAUUUAAGUCCAUUAACCACAGUGGGAAAUCUUCCAUUUAGACGUAUAUGUAAAGAAUUUGGAGCUGAUGUCACUUGUGGCGAAAUGGUGAUGUGCUCAUCAUUACUACAGGGUGCUCCACAGGAAUGGGCUCUUGUAAAACGUCACCACACAGAAAACAUAUUUGGAGUACAAUUAUGCGCUAACAACCCCUAUUUACUUACAAAAUGUGGUCAACUUUUGCAAAAUGAAAUAAAUGUAGAUUUUAUAGAUUUAAACUUAGGUUGUCCUAUAGAACUGGUAUAUAAACAAGGAGGAGGAAGUGGUUUAUUACGUAGGCAAAAGGUGCUUGAGUCCUGUGUUCGAAACUUGAGUGAUAUGUUAACGAUACCUUUGACAGUUAAAACAAGAACAGGAGUUUAUAACAAUGAAAAUAUAGCCCAUAUUUUAGCACCCAAAUUCAGAGAAUGGGGAGCUAAUCUGAUAACAAUACACGGCAGAUCUAGGGAACAACGAUAUACUAAGACUGCUGAUUGGCAAUACAUAAAAUCUGUAGCUCAAGCAGCAGCUCCUCUUCCCGUUUUAGGCAACGGUGAUAUACUAAGUUUUGAUGAUUACAAAAAGGCAAUGGAAGCAAUUCCGGAGCUAACUGGUGUUAUGAUAGGGAGAGGUGCUCUUAUUAAACCAUGGAUAUUCUCUGAAAUAAAAGAACAAAAACUGUGGGACAUUUCCAGUUCCGAGAGAUUUGACAUUCUUAAAAAGUUUACAAAUUAUGGAUUAGAACACUGGGGUUCUGAUAAUAAGGGUGUUGAGAAUACCAGGAGAUUUUUAUUAGAAUGGUUAUCAUUUUUGUAUAGGUAUAUACCUGUGGGAUUAUUAGAAUGUCCACCACAGAAGAUUAAUGAGAGACCUCCUUUAUACAAAGGCCGGGACGAUUUGGAGACUCUUAUGGCAUCACCAUCGGCAUCUGACUGGAUAAAAAUCAGUGAAAUGCUAUUAGGACCUGUGCCAGAAAAAUUUCAGUUCUUACCGAAACAUAAAGCCAAUUCUUACAAAUAAAUAAAUAUAUUAAAUCCCUUAACAUUGGUAAUUUAUAUAAUUUGAUUAAUAAUUAAAAGUUAUGAAAUAA